AUGGCAAAGACUGUUCUUCUUAGGUUAUCAGAUGAUGGUAAACCAAUUGUCAAUGAUUCAAUUACAAGUGGUAUUUUAUUGCUCCCAUCUCUUCCUUUACCAGAUAACUAUAAGAAUGGGGAUCCUCUUUUUAACUUGAUUUUUCAAUUAAAUGCCGCUUCUAUAGUAUCAAAAGAAAGUGUACUUUUAACGAACCUUCCGAAGACUGGCUCUGCGGAGUUCGAAAGAUCCAAUUUCACAGAGUACCCCAUUGAACCUCACUUCCACGAAGAUGUUUUGAUUAGCAUUCCAAUAUAUAAGCCAGGCGCAUUUUGCUUCUACUUACGCUACCAUGAUGCUGAUGGCGUGCUGCGUGAGACUGAUCAAUACUACUUCAAUGUACCUCCUAAUUUGACAAUCAAUGAAGAAUACGUUGCUUUCAACAAUAUCAACUUGCAAUCUGUCGUCUCGAAGUGGAUAGGUCCCUUAGACAAAUGGAAUGAAUUAUUUCAAGACGUAUCGAAGAAGGGAUACAACAUGGUCCACUUUACUCCACUUCAAGAGAGAGGCGAAUCAGACUCUCCUUAUUCAAUAUUUGAUCAGUUGCGCUUAGAUCCUUUACUAUUUGAAAAUAAUGAACAAGGCAUUGACUUCAUAAAAGAAGUAUUAGCAAAAAAUGACUUGUUAUCUAUCACUGAUGUUGUAUGGAACCAUACAGCAAAUAACUCUGAAUGGUUGAAAUAUCAUCCUGAGUCAGGAUACAAUCAAGAAACUGCUCCACAUUUAACAUCUGCUAUUGAGCUAGAUGACGCGUUGCUUGAGUUUUCUAGCAAAUUGUCAAGUUACGAUUUACCUAUCGAAAUUACGAAUGGUGAUGAAUUAAAUAUUAUUAUUGAAGGAGUUUCCGAACAUGUUUUGAAUCCGUUAAGACUUUGGGAAUACUAUGUGUUUGAUAAGAUCAGCACUUUAAGUGAAAUAAAGAAAGUUUAUUUCGAUCUGGGAUGCCAAAUCCCGCCAAUCGAUGUCCCACCAGAAGUCGAUCGCAAUGACUUGAAGCAGUUGUCAUCUUUUGUUUUGAAAUCAUGCAACACAAACAGUAGCGUUAUAUUAAGAAGAAGAUUUAGCAAUAAAUUGGAUGCCACAAAAUUUUUGAAGAUAUUACUUCAUUUGGUCGAUGUUUCUGAAAAUAACUUUGAGGCCAUAUCAAGUAAGGCAAAUUCAAUUUUGGAUGAAGUCAACUUAAAUUUGUAUGCAACUUACGACAGUGAUGUAAGUUCAAUUAAAGAGCAGUUAAAAGACCGCAUACGUUACUUACGUUUGGACGAGAAUGGACCUAAGCUAGGUCCUAUUGAUGAGAAGAAUCCACUAACAGAACCUUAUUUUACGAAGGUUCAAGACUUAGAAGGAAAUGAGUGGUCUCUAGCAAACAACGGAUGGAUUUGGGGAGGUAAUCCUUUAGUAGAUUUUGCAUCUUCCGCGUCUAAGGCAUACUUGAGGAGAGAAGUGAUUGUAUGGCACGAUUGUGUGAAAUUGAGAUACGGGAGAGGAAUUGACGAUUCGCCGUAUCUUUGGAAUCGUAUGAUUGAAUAUACGAAAAUGUGUGCUGCCAUUUUUGGGGGCUUCAGAAUUGAUAAUUGCCAUUCAACUCCUUUGCAUGUUGGGGAAACAUUGUUGGAUGCUGCGAGAUCUGUGAAUAAUAAUUUGUAUGUGGUGGCAGAGUUAUUUAGCGGCUCUGAGGAAAUGGAUAAAAUUUUCGUCGAACGGUUGGGUAUCAACAGUCUUAUAAGAGAAGCAAUGCAGGCAUGGCUGGUUUCAGAAUUAUCCCGCUUAGUUCACAAGCAUGGUGGUAGACCCAUAGGAUCUUUGACUUGGUUGCCAUUAGAUGAACUUGCUUAUCCAUCCUGUAAUGAGCCACAAAAAAAUAAAUACCCUGAGUGCUCUUCUGAACUUGAAAUUCCUGUUAUAUUGAGUAACGAGCUUCCUCACGCAUUAUUUAUGGAUUGCACACAUGAUAAUCAGAUGCCAGCUGAAAAACGUACUGUGGAAGACACAUUACCAAAUGCUGCCUUGGUUGCAUUUUGCUCGUCAGCAAUUGGAUCUGUAAUGGGCUAUGACGAAAUGUAUCCUAAGCUACUAGAUGUUGUCGGUGAAAAGAGACAAUAUACUUAUGGCACUAAUGGAAUUGGAAAAGUAAAGCUGCAGUUGCAUGCUAUCCGCCACUCUCUUGCUCUGGAAAGUAAAGAUUCCGCUAAAGAAAACGAAAUGUAUAUCCAUCAUGAAGAUCAGUAUAUCAAUAUUCAACGUUAUAAUUCUAGAACAGGAAAAGGAUGGCUUUUAAUUGCAAGAACGAAAUUUAGUGAGGACGUCCCUGAACAGAUUCUCUCUCCUGUCCGUCUUGGUGGAACACAUGUCAAAUGUGAAUCCUGUUAUACGUUAAAAAAAACUGGAGAGUACAAAUAUGAUAAUCAAUACUUGACAGGAGUUCCUGUUAGAGUUGAAGAGCUUGACCAGCCCAAAGUCUUUUUAGAUGGAAAUGAUUCUGUAAUUCAAGUGGGAAAAGAUUUUAUUCCUGGGUCAAUUGCACUUUUUUCGACAUUUAUUCCUGGUGUUGACUUAUCGUUGGAUAAAUAUGUCAAGGACGGUGCGGUAGAGGCUUCAAAAGGUUUGGAUUUGUAUGAUUUGAAUGUAAUUCUUUAUCGUUGUGAACAGGAAGAACGUGACGCUAGCAAUGGUGCUGAUGGGACAUAUACUAUUCCUGGAGUUGGACCUUUAGUAUUUGCAGGCUUGCAAGGAUGGGUUUCUGUGUUGAAAAGUGUCAUUUGGGAAAAUAAACUUGGCGACCCUAUCUGUGAUCAUUUACGAGAAGGUGAAUGGGCGCUUGAUUACGUCGUAGAUCGUUUGAACAAAUAUCUGGCCUCUUCAGACCCUUUAAAACAAUUCCAUGAUUGGCUUAAAGAUCGAAUUACCGCCAUUCGAGUUGCUCCCUAUUUCCUUCGUCCUCAUUAUUUUGCACUUGUAAUAGGAGUGGCCUAUGAAGCUGCUCGCUUCAGAGCUUUAAGACACUUCAGCAAGGAAAUACAAAAUGCAACUAACUUCGUUCAAUCAAUGGCUCUAACCUCUGUACAGAUGGUUGGUAGAAUGAAUAAUACUUCGUUGAAAGCCUUCGAGCAAGUUCCAUGUAUUGCUGCUGGCUUGCCACAUUUCAGUAACGACUAUAUGAGAUGUUGGGGAAGAGAUGUUUUUAUUUCUUUCAGAGGUCUUUUGAUAGUCACAGGAAGAUUUGAAGACGCUAAGAAUCAUAUUCUCGGAUUUGCCCAGACUUUGAAGCACGGUUUGAUACCAAAUCUUCUUGAUGCUGGUAGAAAUCCGCGUUAUAAUGCUAGAGAUGCUGCUUGGUUUUUUAUCCAAGCUGUAAAGGAAUAUGUCAUACAUGCGAAAGAUGGGGCUUCGAUUUUGGAUGAGAAAGUAAAGAGAAGAUUUCCCUUGGAUGAUAGGUAUAUUCGUUAUGAUGAUAAAGAAGCAUUCAGUUACAAGUCUUCCAUCAGGGACAUAAUUUUUGAAAUAUUAGCUCGUCACGCAAAGGGUAUCAAAUUUCGCGAAGCAAAUGCUGGGCCUAAUUUAGACUCGCAAAUGUCAGAUGAGGGAUUCAAUGUUGAAGUCUAUAUUGAUUGGUCGACAGGCUUUGUUCAUGGGGGUUCACAGUAUAAUUGUGGAACGUGGAUGGAUAAAAUGGGAGAAAGUGAAAAGGCCGGGUCUAAGGGAGUUCCUGGUACCCCGAGAGAUGGGGCAGCUAUUGAGCUCCAAGGGUUAUUGAAGAGCAGCUUAGGAUUCGUUAGAUUUUUGAAUUCGAAAGGCUUGUUCAAAUACACUGAAGUCAGUAGGUCAGAUGGCUCAAAGAUCUCUUUUGCCACCUGGGAAAAGUUAAUCCAAGACAAUUUUGAGAAACACUUUUAUAUUCCUCUUGAUUCACUGGACGAUAAAGAUUAUAAAAUCGAUCCCUCUCUUGUGAACAGAAGAGGAAUCUAUAAAGACUUAUAUAAAACAGGGAAACCUUAUGAAGAUUAUCAAUUGAGACCAAAUUUUGCUAUAGCGAUGGUAGUAGCUCCAGAGUUGUUCAGCAUCUCGAAGGCUGUUUCAGCUCUUAGUGUAGCUGAUACUGCUAUACGUGGAAAAGUUGGAAUGAAAACACUUGACCCCAGCGACUGGAACUACAGACCGUAUUACAAUAACGGUGAAGAUAGUACAGACUUUGCGACAUCGAAGGGAAGAAAUUAUCAUCAGGGACCGGAGUGGGUUUGGUGUACAGGAUAUUUUCUUCGGGCAUUUUCUUUGUUUCAUUACUUACAAACUAAGCAAGCUAAAAGUGAAUCCUGGAGUAAAAUCAAGACAGAUCUUAAUGAAAGGCUACAGGGAAAUGUUAGUUGGAUUCGUGAGAGUCCUUGGGCCGGGUUAACUGAACUAACAAAUAAAGAUGGUGAAUUUUGUUAUGAUUCUAGUCCGACUCAGGCUUGGAGUACUUCAUGUCUCCUUGAUUUAUAUUAUGAUAUCUGGAACGAUGAUUGCUAUAAAGAUGCGGUGCAGAGUAGCGCCGGAUGUAGUUAG